AGUUUUCUGCCUGCGCUGAAUGCAUUAGUCUAACGAGAUGUUUGCAGCCGGAGAGCAGGGCUGCGGGAGACUAACUGUGAGCUCCUAACCCGCGGGUGGAACAUAGCUUUUGCAAUACUCGGUUUGCAUGUGCUGAAAGUCAUCUGUCUCCUGAGUCGACUCCUGGCCUGGUAAACAACCUGCUCAGGGCUCUGGUCAACAGGCUGUAGGUAAGGGAGCUGCACAAGCAGAUGGCGUGCCAUUGACAUGGAUCCUUCUCUUUCAACCGUCAGCACGACAGGUUGCCUGCUGUAGUUUUUCUGGGUUGCAUGCCUACCUCUAUGGUAAUGCACGAGUGUCCUGCACUAAAACCACUGAGCCUAGCAGCACCUCUCCUACCUGUGAGCGAUUUGUCAUCUCAUUCUGUAAGACUGGCACCAGCAGACAUGCAGUCCCAAAGGAUCCCGGGGAGAAAGCGAGGUCGACCCCCACUGCACUCCACUCCUCUGAAGAUGGCAGUUCAUAACCUUUAUUCUGCUGCAGCUGGUUCUUUACCAGCAGUGAAGAUCCCAAAGAAAAGAGGGCGGAAACCCGGGUAUAAGCUCAAGUCUCGGGUUCUCAUGACCCCUUUAGCCCUCUCACCUCCGCGAAGUAUCCCGGAGCCCGACCUCAGCUCCAUCCCCCAGGACGCAGCCACCGUGCCCAGCUUGGCGGCCCCGCAGGCGCUCACAGCACGUCUUUGCACCAGUGGUCUCCAAGUCUGCCUCUACAUCAACAAGCAAGCUAAUGCAGGGCCCUACCUGGAGAGGAGGAAGGUGCAGCAGCUGCCCGAGCACUUUGGCCCUGAGAGGCCGUCAGCGGUCCUGCAGCAGGCUGUCCAAGCCUGCAUCGACUGUGCCCACCAGCAGAAGCUGGUCUUCUCCUUGGUCAAGCAGGGCUAUGGUGGCGAGAUGGUGUCAGUCUCUGCUUCCUUCGAUGGAAAACAGCACCUGCGGAGUCUGCCUGCGGUGAACAGCAUCGGGUAUGUCCUCCGCUUCCUGGCCAAGCUGUGCCGAAGCCUCCUCUGUGACAACCUCUUCAGCCACCAGCCCUUCCCCAGGUGUUCCAGUGUCUCUGAGAAAGCCCUGGAGAAAAAGGAAGAGAGGAUGGAGUCAGCCAAGAUAGUCCCUACCGAAGAGUGCCUGGUGAGCCCCGUGGGCAUGAACCGCUACGGCAUGGAUCCCUCCACCUCUGCCUUCAACCACAGGAGUUCCUUGCUCCUCUCCUCCUCAUUGUACUGCAAGAGGCAAAACUCUGGAGACAGCCACCUCGGGGGAGGGCCUGCCACUAGCACUGGCAGUCCUCACACCAGCUCCAUGUCUUCUGGAAGCCCCUUGGCACCUGGGCUGAGGGCCCCGGCAUCCAGCCCCAAGAGAAACGGGACCUCUCUUGAAGGAAACAGAUGUGCCUCAAGCCCUACUCCAGACGGGCAGGACGCCAGGCAGCCAAGGAACAGGAACCCUUCCACCUGGACCGUGGAGGAUGUGGUCUGGUUCGUGAAAGAUGCCGACCCACAGGCUCUGGGGCCUCAUGUGGAGCUCUUCAGAAAGCACGAGAUUGAUGGCAACGCUCUGUUGCUGUUAAAGAGUGACAUGGUCAUGAAGUACCUGGGCCUGAAGCUGGGACCCGCCCUGAAACUCUGCCACCACAUUGAUAAACUGAAACAAGCCAAGUUCUGAAGCUUUUCUCAAGAAAACUUCAAGACCACAAAUCUCAAGAUUAUCUCUGCCUUACCAACACCCAGCCAACAUCACAAAACAGAUUCUCCUCUUCAAAUGAAUAGCCACAAAGACUCGGUCUUUUUAUCAAACUUGGACAUCUUUGCCUUCUUACAAAUUCCACAUGGCCAUUUUUGAAGGGAUAGUCUGUGUUAAUAAUUUGCCAAAAAAAUUACAAAAGCCUAUUAUUUUGAACAUCCUUGAUAUGUUGGUUCCUUUUACAGUGGGUAAUAUUUGUCUAAUAGGAGAGUAGGAGAGCUGAGUACUGUGCCCAAGGAGGGCUUCAAAGGACGUGAGAAAGGCCUCUGUCCCCGCAGGCUCUUGCAGCACCACCUGCCUCCAGCUCUGACCUGGGGUCCUACCAGCGUAAGCCUUGCCUGAAUCAGCUCUGGAAGCUGUCUUCUAAGGAUGACUUGCUUCACCUUGCACUAUCUGAAAAACUUGAAUUCUUUUACUUUCUGGGGGGGAAAAAAGAAAAAAAAAAUGGUCUUUUCUAUUCCUAGUUAUCUGAAGUAUUGUGUUUCCCCACUAGAGGGCAGACUGCUAAUGAAAUUUCAUGGCCCUCACUGACAGCAGUAGCGAGAGUAUUCAGUACUUGGAGGAUGGGUUAGGAUUUCUGUAAACAAGCUCUAACCUGCACAGAAAUGGAGAAUUUAUUCCACAGUCAGCACCACAGAUUGCAACUUGGGAAGAAAAUCGUUAUCUGGAGAAUUCUAGUACAUAUCCAAUCAUCAUCGACUGACUGACUGAUACACAAGUAGCAAAGGCAAGAACUUGGAAGCACGUUCUUUCCAGAUGGGGCUUUGGAGUCUCUUCCCUUCCAGGGUCCUUACUGAGGUGUUGAUGUGUUGGCAUGCUGAAGAAUCUCAGUGACAUUUAGCCAUGGGUGUUUCUUUAAAAAAGAAAGAUGUCUCAACUAAGCUUUGAAAUGGGAGAGUGUUGAUUUCUGGUUACAUUACAUUAUGUAGUUGUAUCUGUGGCUAAUUUUUCUAGUCCUCAACAAAUACACAGACAUGUUAUUA